UUUUGCGUCUCUCUGCGCGCCUCAGUAAAAUGGCUGUGUCUCGCGGAGCCUCGUGCUGGUUUGAUCAGUUUCUCGCUCUCAGUCUCGUUCUCUAACAGAAGCCCCCCCACAUUCCGUGUCGGUUAAUUUCAUUCCCGGGAUUUUUAUUUAUUUUUUUUCAAUAACUUUUAAUUCGCAUCGGAGCCGGGAGUGGAGCCCGGAUUCGGUCCGGUGUUAGGGGGGAAUGAGCCGGGACACGGGUAAAUUGUUAUAAAUAAUUGUAUUUAUAUUCAAUGCUAUUGAGUGUUUGAUUGUGACUGACUCGCUGUGAAAGAGAGAGAGAGAGAGGAAUAUCAUGGCCGCUCAGGUCGCCAGCGUCGCCACUCUCAACACCAGCCCGCCGUCCGAACUGAAAAAAGCGGAUCGGGACCCACAGGAGGAGCCGGUACCGGGGGAGAAGCAGCAGGAAAAUAAGGAACCGGGAUCGGAGAGUGGAUCCCCGGGUCAGAAGGAGCUACAGGACGGGGCCGAUGGUGGAAAUGCAGGGGGAGGAGGGGAUCCGGAGAUGAAGAACGGGAACGGGAAUCCGUCCAGGGUGAACAAUAAUAAUAACCAGAAUGAUUCAGGAGCUCCCGAAGGGAAUAACCACCCCGGGAUGGCACACCACCACCCCGCCGCUUUUCCUCCACCACCCUACGGUUACAGCCCGCACUACGGCCGGGGCCCUUUUCAUCAACAUGGCGGACAACAAAGCCCUGGCAUGGCAGCUGCGGCGGGGCCGGCCGUGCAGCCAGGCAGCAUGAUGGACUCCUAUCAGCCCAACUCGCACGACCACGGCUUCCCCAACCACCAGUUUAACAACUACAGCCCAUUCCCCAAUCGGACUGCCUACCCCGGCCAAGGGUACACUAUGAAUUCCCCGCGAAACAACCAGCCUCCGGCGGCUGGGGGGCAGCCAGCCAAGCAGCAGCAGCAGCAGCCGCCGCCGCCAGCGGGAGGAACUACAGCUAUGGCUGUCACUUACAAUAAUCAGAGGUAUACUAUGGGAAACCCGCAGCCGACUUCCACCCCAACCCUAAACCAGCUCCUGACCUCUCCCAGCUCGACGAGGGGCUACCAGAACUACCCCCCUAGCGACUACAGUAACCAGGAAGGAGCUAACAAGGGACCAGUAGACGUGGGCAGCAGCAGUCAGUAUGGUGGCCACCAGGGUUGGCAACAAAGGACCCAUCAUCCGCCGCCUAUGAGCCCGGGAAGUACUGGGCAACCACUAAGCAGAAAUCAGCCUUCAAGCCCAAUGGACCAGAUGGGGAAGAUGCGAGGCCAGCCCUACGCAGCGGCCAACCCCUACUCCCAGCAGCCUCAGCAGGGGCCUCCUCCAGGGUCGCAGCAAGGGGCCUCGUACCCAGGGCAGGGCUACGGCCCCCCCACCCCACAGCGCUAUCCCAUGGGCAUGCAGAGCCGUACGCCGGGUGGCAUGGGCAGCAUGCAGUAUGGGCAGCAAAUGCCUCCAUACGGACAGCAGGGGCCAGCUGGCUACGGACAGCAGGGCCAGGCCUCGUACUACAGCCAGCAGGCCCAGCCGCCGCACGCCGCCCAGCAGCAGUCCCCUUACCCGCAGCAACCUCAGAGCCAGCCAGGGGCGCAGACUCCCUACUCCCAGCCCUCGGCCCCGCUCGCCCAGGCCCAGCCCCCCUACUCGCAGCCGCACCAGACCCCCCAGUCCCAGGCGCAGCAGCAGCAGCAGCAGCAGCAGCAGCAGCCGCCGCCAGUGCCGCCCCAGUCCCAGGCUCCCUACUCCCAGUCCCAGGCUCCCCAGUCCGCCCAGCCUCCCUACCCGCAGCAGCAAGUCCCCCCGCCGCCGCCGCAGCAGCAGCAGCAGCCCCCCUCCCAGCCGCCGCCGCCGCAGCCGACGCCAGCGACCCAGCCGCAAUCCCAGCAGCCCCCGGGACACGCCCCUCCCCAGCAGAGCCAGGCCGCCCCCUACUCCCAGGCUCCUCCACAGCAGCAGCAGCAGCAGCCAUCUCCUUACCAGCGGUUCCCCCCUCCGCCUCAGGAGCUGUCCCAGGAUUCCUUCAGCUCCCAGUCUAGCGUUCCUCCUUCCAAUCCUGCUAUGGCUUCCAGUAAGAGUGGCUCAGAGGACGUUAACAUGCAGGGCCGGCCCUCCAGCCUCCCGGAUCUGUCGGGCUCCAUUGAUGACCUUCCCACAGGCACAGAGGGGGCCUUGAGCCCUGGAGUGAGUACCUCAGGAGUGUCGAGCAGCCAGGGGGAGCAGAGCAAUCCAGCCCAGUCCCCUUUCUCCCCUCAUACCUCUCCCCACCUGCCAGGCAUCCGCGGGCCAUCGCCCUCCCCCGUGGGCUCGCCUGCCAGCGUCACCCAGUCGCGCUCAGGACCACUGUCCCCUGCAGGUGUACCAGGGACUCAGAUGCCCCCCAGACCUCCAAGUGGGCAGUCGGAGAGUAUCCUGCACCCUUCCAUGAACCAGUCUGCCAUGGGGCAAGACAGAGUGUACAUGCAGAGGAACCCCCAGAUGCCUGCCUAUGGGUCCCCACAGCCUGGCUCUGCCUUAUCUCCACGCCAGUCCUCAGGAGGCCAGAUGCAUGCUGGGAUGGGACCUUAUCAGCAAAACAACUCCAUGGGCAACUACGGGCCUCAGGGUGCCCAGUAUGGGCCUCAAGGUUACCCAAGGCAGCCCAACUAUACUGGCAUGCCCAACGCCAGCUACCCUGGGCCUGGAAUGGGUGGCUCCAUGAACCCCAUGCCUGGGCAGGGAGGGGGGCCACCAUACACAGGGAUGCCCCCGGGUAGGAUGGGUCCGGGACAGAUGGGCACCCGCCCCUACGGCCCCAACAUGGGCCCCAACAUGGGCAGCAUGCCCCCUCAGGUGGGGUCAGGGAUGUGUCCUCCCCCAGGUGGGCUCAACAGGAAGGCCCAGGAGGCAGCCGCAGCUGCUAUGCAUGCAGCUGUGAACUCCUCACACAAUAGACCACCUGGGUACCCCAACAUGCCCCAGAGUGGCAUGAUUCCUGCUGGCACCCCCUAUGGACAGAGUAUGAACAGCAUGCCUGGGAUGAUGAACCCCCAGGGACCCCCCUACCCCAUGGGAGGCAACAUGCCCAACAACACUGCUGGGAUGGCUCCCAGUCCUGAGUUAAUGGGUCUUGAUGUGAAAUUAAACCAAGCCCAGAAAAUGAACAACAAGGCAGAUGGGACUCCCAAACCUGAAACAAAGUCAAAGAAGUCGAGCUCUUCCACGACGACCAAUGAGAAGAUCACCAAGCUGUACGAGCUGGGCCCAGAGCCGGAGCGGAAGAUGUGGGUGGACCGUUACCUGGCCUUCACUGAAGAGAAGGCCAUGGGGAUGAACAAUCUUCCUGCUGUGGGCCGCAAGCCGCUGGACCUCUUCCGGCUCUACGUGUCUGUGAAAGAGAUCGGGGGGCUCACACAGGUGAACAAGAAUAAAAAGUGGCGCGAGCUGGCGACUAACCUGAACGUGGGCACGUCCAGCAGUGCUGCCAGCUCGCUGAAGAAGCAGUACAUCCAGUGUCUGUACGCCUUCGAGUGCAAGAUCGAGCGCGGAGAGGACCCUCCCCCGGACAUCUUCUCCGCUGCCGAGGCCAAGAAGAACCAGCCCAAGAUUCAGCCUCCUUCCCCAGCUGGAUCGGGGUCUCUGCAAGGGCCUCAGACCCCUCAGUCGACCAGCAGCUCCAUGGCAGAGGGGGGGGACCUGAAGCCUCCCACCCCGGCCUCUACACCACACAGCCAGAUGCCCCCCAUGCCUGGAGUCAGGAGUAGCGUGGUAAGUCUGCAGGACCCUUUUGCAGACAGCAGCGACCCAGCGUUCCCAAGGCGAAAUUCCAUGACCCCCAACUCGGCGUACCAGCAAGGCAUGAACACUCCUGACAUGAUGGGCCGCAUGCCUUACGAGCCCAACAAGGACCCCUUCAGUGCCAUGCGGAAAGGAGGGGAGUUCAUGUCUCCGGGACAGGGACCCAACAGUGGCAUGGGAGAACAGUACAACCGGGCUCCCCCUGGGUCUAUGGGCAACAUGGGGAUGGGCCAGCGUCAGCAGUAUCCAUACGGCCCGGGCUAUGACCGGAGACAAGAGCCGGGGAUGGGCCCUGAGGGCAGCAUGGGACCCGGCGCGCCACAGCCAAACCUGAUGCCUUCCAAUGCCGACACGGGGAUGUACUCGCCAAGCCGCUACCCUCCACAGCAGCAGCGGCACGAUUCCUAUGGUAAUCAGUACCCUGGCCAAGGUGCGCCCUCUGGUGGCCCCUACCCCAAUCAACCACCAGGAAUGUAUGCACAGCAACAGCCGAACUACAAGCGUCCAGUGGAUGGGGGUUAUGGACCACCUGCCAAGAGGCACGAGGGUGAAAUGUACAAUGUGCCCUUCAGCGGGCAGCAGCAGCAGCAGGCACAGCAGCAGACAGCGCCCCCAGCUCAGCAGGAGAUGUACAGUCAGUAUGGCAAUGCGUAUGCUGGGUCUGAGCGGCGGCCCCCGGGCCCACAGAACCAGUUCCCCUUCCAGUUCGGCAGAGAGCGGGUCCAGGCCACGGCGGGGCCCAACUCCCAGCAGUCGAUGCCUCCACAGAUGAUGGGCAGCCCCAUGCAGUCCACCCCCGACGGCCCUCAAGGCAGCAUGUGGCCGAACCGUAAUGAUAUGGGCUACAACUUCCCUAACCGGCAAGGCCCUGGGGCUGCCGCUCAGGGCCCAGGCUACCACAGCAUGAACCGCUCCGAGGAGAUGAUGCCCUCCGACCAGCGGAUGAACCACGAAGGACAGUGGCCAGCCCACGUCAACCAGCGGCAGCCCCCCUACGGCCCCUCGGGCCCCGUGCCCCCCAUGACGCGGCCCCUGCAGCCCAACUACCAGACUCCCCCCGCCAUCCAGAACCACAUUCCGCAGGUGUCCAGCCCUGCCCCCAUGCCUCGGCCCAUCGAGAGCCGAACGUCUCCCAGCAAGCCUUUCAUGCAUUCGGGGAUCAAGAUGCAAAAAGCUGGUCCCCCUGUCCCUGCCUCGCAUAUCACCCCAGCCCCGGUACAGCCCCCACUGAUCCGGCGAGACAUCACUUUCCCCCCGGGCUCUAUUGAGGCCACACAACCCAUCCUCAAGCCGCGCCGGAGACUCACCAUGAAAGACAUUGGAACACCUGAGGCCUGGCGAGUGAUGAUGUCUUUAAAAUCGGGGUUGCUAGCAGAGAGCACUUGGGCCUUAGACACGAUAAAUAUUCUACUGUAUGAUGACAACAGCAUUGCUACUUUCAGCCUCUGCCAGCUUCCUGGCUUUUUGGAGCUGCUGGUGGAGUACUUCCGACGCUGCCUCAUUGAGAUCUUUGGGAUUCUGAAAGAGUACGAGGUGGGUGACCCUGGGCAGAGGACGCUGCUGGACCCUGAGGGCCUGAACUCCGAGCGAGACACAGGCUCCGAGGAUGAGGAGCAGGAGCCAGAGGAGGCAGAGGAGAUGGAGGAGGAGGACGAAGACGAGGACGAAGAGCAGCCUGAGGCAUCUGAACAGCAGCAGCAGCAGCAGCAAACACCACAGCCACCAGCCUUGGAGAAGCAGGAGGGAGAGCAGCAGAAUGGGGAGAGAGCUGGGGAGCAGCAGGAGGAGCAGGAAGGAGAGGCUGCAGUCAAGGACCCCAGCGUGCUCACGCUCUCCCAGGACACUGGCACCGCCCAGGAGAAGCCAAAGCAGGCCAGCAAAUUUGACAAGCUUCCCAUAAAGCUGGUGCGCAAGAAAGACCCCUUUGUGGUAGAUUGCUCUGACAAGCUGGGCCGGUUACAGGAGUUUGAUAGCGGAUUGCUGCACUGGCGCAUUGGGGGAGGUGACACCACAGAACACAUCCAGACCCACUUUGAGAGUAAGCUUGACCUGCUUCAGGCCCGGAAACGGGUGCCUCCCGCAUCCGGGGGAUCGGCGGGCCGUAAGAAGAGCCCUGCGGGUGAGAACGUAACGGAAGGAGUGGAGAAGGUGAAAACGAGUGAGGAGCAGCCCCCGGCGAAGAGCAUUACAGCCACCAUCGAUGAUGUGCUUUCGGCCCGACCGGGCUCCAUGACGGUGGAGGCGGUGAGGGGCACGCCCGAGAGCCACAAGGAGAACAGCAAGUUCCUUUUCAGCAUCAACCCUGCGCAGAGCCACCGCAACAUUAAGAUCCUGGAGGAUGAGCCACGCAGCAAGGAUGAAACGCCACUCAGCACCAUCGCUGACUGGCAGGACUCUCUCGCCAAGCGUUGCAUCUGUGUCUCCAACAUCGUCCGCAGCCUCUCCUUCGUUCCGGGUAACGACCUCGAGAUGUCCAAGCACCCUGGGCUCCUGCUGCUCCUGGGCCGUCUCAUCUUGCUACACCAUGAGCACCCGGAGCGCAAGCAGGCGCCCCUUACCUACGAGAAAGAGGAGGAGGAAGAUGAGGGAGUGAGUUGCGAGAAGGAUGAGUGGUGGUGGGACUGCUUGGAGUUGCUGCGCGAGAACACCCUGGUCACACUGGCCAAUAUCUCUGGGCAGCUAGACCUCUCCAUCUACCCUGAGAGUAUCUGUCUGCCCCUGCUGGAUGGCCUGCUUCACUGGGCAGUGUGCCCCUCAGCUGAGGCCCAGGACCCCUUCCCCACCCUGGGGGUCAAUGGGGUGCUGUCCCCCCAGAGACUGGUCCUUGAGACCCUAAGCAAGCUCAGCAUCCAGGACAACAACGUUGACCUCAUUCUGGCCACGCCACCCUUCAGCCGACUGGAGAAGCUCUAUGGCACGUUGGUACGCCUCGUGGGCGAGCGGAAGAUCCCAGUGUGCCGGGAGAUGGCGGUGGUCCUCCUCGCCAACCUGGCGCAGGGCGAUAGCUUAGCAGCCAGGGCUAUUGCUGUGCAGAAAGGCAGUAUUGGCAACCUGCUGGGCUUCCUGGAAGACAGCCUGGCAGCCACCCAGUUCCAGCAGAGCCAGAGCUCCCUCCUGCACAUGCAGAGCGCCCCCUUCGAGCCCACCAGCGUGGACAUGAUGCGGCGGGCUGCCCGAGCCCUCCACGCCAUGGCCAAAGUGGAGGAGAACCACUCGGAAUUUACGUUGUACGAGUCGCGGCUACUGGACAUCUCCGUGUCCCCCCUCAUGAACUCACUGGUGUCCCACGUGAUUUGUGACGUACUGUUUUUAAUCGGCCAGUCAUGACAGCCGUGGGAUGCUGCUCCGGUUUUUGUUCCCCCCGCCCCCCUUUUUGUGUGUCUGUUGCGCGUGAGUGGAGAAAACUUAGAGCAAAACUGACUGUUUUUGUCCUUUUUAUUUAUGCAAAAACACCUCGGAUUCCACUGUCUUGACCCUCGCCCCGUUUCUCACUAGAGGAAGGAUAUCAUGAAGUAGCUGUGGAUUUUAAGAAGAAACAAAAGCGAAAGGUGACAAAAUCGUGGAUAAGACAAACGGAACGAGACCCUGGCCCAGGAGAGUGCGCUGCCUAAUGGGAAGGACUUUUUUAAUAAAAUAAAUAAAAAAUACAAAAACAAAACUGUAACCAAAGUUGCUGUCUCGUUUACAGUGAGUUUGGGGGAUAUGUGCCCUAGCUCUCCUAUUGGGAGCAUGGAGAAAUACAAUUUUAUGGUUCAUAUUUGGAGGCUAAACAGACUUCUGAACUCUUAUGUGGUAUAAUUGCUGUAACUUGGAUGCUAUAUAUUCAGUCUACAGGAACCAGGUUAUCGGCUGUGAACAGACGUCUUUAAAUGGGAGGCCUGUGCAGUAGAUUGUAGGACUUUUUCUGUACUGUACACCUUAAAACUGUAAACAUACUGUAAUAAUACUGUUUCACACUGAGAAACGCUGGCUCGGCAGCAAAACUGUAGUUUUUAAAAAUGUUUUUAGUUAACGUUGAAGAAAAAAAAUGGCUUUCCCCCCAAAGUAUCGUGAACCUACAACACCCCGACCUCUUCUCUUUAUCCCUUGAUUGUAUGAAUUUACCCCUCAAAAGAAAUCACCUCUUAGGACUGGUUUUCAACUUUAGAUGCAGCCUUGCUGCAGUGUAUAUAUGACGUUGUACAUUACACUCUUUCUCUCACCUUAUGGAGCUCUUCACCCUUUUUAUCUUUGAAGAAUAAAAGGUUACACAAGUAAUUCCCUGCAUCAAGUCCUGCCAUGUGCUAAUUUAACCCUCCCCUUGGCCUCUCUCUCUCCUCUGAGGGUGAUGUUCAGCACAGGCUGUGCUAAAACGAGCUGCUGUUUCCCAGACUGCAGUGGAUCACGUUUUAUUUUCUUUCUAAUCCAGGUGUGGAAAAAGAAAAAAAAAGAAAAACCAGUUUGAGGUUCGAUCUCAGCUCCUAAUACAAAAAACAACCCUGAUGAAGAAACACAAUUUGAGAUUUUUUUUUCAGUGAUAUGGAUUCUGCAUAUUUGUAUUUCAGACGAUGUAGCUAAAAACUUGAUGUAAAUUCCUUUUUUUCCUUUUUUUGGCUUAAUGAAUAUCAUUUAUUCAGUAUGAAAUCUUUAUACUAUAUGUUCCACGUGUUAAGAAUAAAUGUACAUUAAAUCUU